UAUUUUUGCUUUUCCAUAUAAACUGGUCCAGCUGUUGUUUUUCAGUAUGACUUCUUCUCCAGCUAAUUCUUGGCCAAAGAGUAGCGUCAUGUGGAAGACGUGUGUGUGUCCAUCUGUGUGAGGCAUUGGUCCUGCUCUGGCAGUCAGCAUCUCUCUGUGUCACACACUUGGAGAGAUAUAUGUCCUCUGUCUAAGAUGACACGUGUUUCUCUUUUGGUGUCCAGAGGGCUGGCUGCCCAAGCAUUUUUCUUGGAGGCUGUAGCCAGGUAGCUAAGAGAAAGAUAGCUUCCCUCUUUUGAGGUAUGAUUGACCUGCUGUUCAAUUGUGAGCCAUUUCUCUUUAGCCCUGGGCUCUUUACCUGGUGUCCUAGCAGACCGUGGGGAGCAAGCGAGGUAUUUGUUCCUCCUUUGGUAUCUCAGCUGCUCACCGCACCCUCUGCCAUUCUGUGUUUGCAGUGGGAAGCCGACAGAAGGGAGAGCAUUCAGUCAGAGUUGCUGGCAAAGAGAAAUGUGUCUAUUUCUUCUGGCAAGGCCGGCACUCGACUGUAAGUGAGAAGGGCACAUCAGCUCUGAUGACAGUGGAGCUGGAUGAGGAAAGGGGGGCACAGGUCCAGGUUCUGCAGGGAAAGGAGCCCCCCUGUUUCUUGCAAUGUUUCCAGGGGGGGAUGGUGGUACACUCUGGGCGACGGGAAGAAGAAGAGGAAAAUACACAGAGCGAGUGGAGGCUGUACUGUGUGCGAGGAGAAGUGCCCAUGGAAGGGAAUUUGCUGGAGGUGGCCUGUCACUGCAGCAGUCUGAGGUCCCGGACUUCCAUGGUGGUUCUUAACGUAAACAAGGCCCUCAUUUACCUGUGGCACGGAUGCAAAGCUCAAGCCCACACGAAGGAGGUUGGAAGAACCGCAGCAAAUAAAAUCAAAGAACAGUGUCCUCUGGAAGCAGGAUUACACAGCAGCAGCAAUGUGACGAUACACGAGUGUGACGAGGGAUCCGAGCCUCUGGGGUUCUGGGAUGCGUUAGGAAGGAGAGACAGGAAAGCCUACGACUGCAUGCUCCAAGAUCCCGGCAGUUUUAACUUCGCACCCCGCCUGUUCAUCCUGAGCAGCUCUUCUGGAGACUUCUCAGCCACGGAGUUCGUGUAUCCCGCCCGCGCCCCCUCGGUGGUCAGCUCCAUGCCCUUCCUGCAGGAGGACCUAUACAGCGCUCCGCAGCCAGCACUUUUCCUCGUUGACAAUCACCAUGAGGUGUACCUCUGGCAGGGCUGGUGGCCCAUGGAGAACAAGAUCACUGGCUCCGCCCGCAUCCGCUGGGCCUCGGACCGGAAGAGUGCCAUGGAGACGGUCCUACAGUACUGCCGAGGAAAGAACCUCAAGAAGCCGCCCCCCAAGUCUUACCUUAUCCACGCUGGUCUGGAGCCCCUGACAUUCACCAACAUGUUUCCCAGCUGGGAGCACAGAGAGGACAUUGCUGAGAUCACAGAAAUGGACACAGAGGUUUCCAAUCAGAUCAUCCUUGUGGAAGAUGUGUUGGCCAAGCUCUGCAAAACCAUCUAUCCCCUGUCCGACCUCCUGGCCAGGCCACUCCCGGAAGGAGUUGACCCGCUAAAGCUUGAGAUUUAUCUGACUGACGAAGACUUUGAGUUUGCACUGGACAUGACAAGGGAUGAAUACAGUGUACUACCCGCCUGGAAGCAAGUGAACCUGAAGAAGGCAAAGGGCCUGUUCUGAGUGCGAGAGAUGCUGCAGGAACCAAAGUGGUCACUUUCAAUACCACUGGACCAGAAAAGUGGAUAAUUUUUUGGACUGGUAUUUAAAAAAAAAAGUAUUUUUAAAUCAGAGUUUUUCGAAAUCUGACCUUAUUAACUAUACUGCUUAUCCCUGAGUUGUGUAUUUUGUAAAGGUUUAAGAGAACUCGUUGGAAACUUUCUUUCCACAAUUCAGCAAAAGUAUCUCUCUGUGCAGCCACCACACUACUGCCCUCUUGUUCCAGCUACCCAAUGCCUUUUUUUUUUUGGAAGCAAUUCUCUUGAUAAAGUGUUAUUUUGAUAGUUUGUGGAUUCUAAAAUAUAUAUAUAUAUAUAUAUAUUUAUAUAGACACCAUAUAAAUCAAAUAUGUAUUUAACAAAGCAAUAUGUAUUCAUUCACUUUUACUUUUUCUUCUUUGGUGUCAAAAUAAUAUUGCAAGGCAGAUGGAGUUGCUUCUGUUAAAUUAGGCCUGCCACAAGCUGUCUCUUUCACACCGUUCAGAAGCACUCCCAUCAGUGUUCUGUCUGAUUCGUUCUGAGCAUUGCUUCCGGUGCUAAAAUGAACAAAGAAUUUGUACUUAACAACAUGGACUCUGAAGAAGCUGUGCAAAUCAACCUUCCCACCUUAAUAAUGUCCCCGGAAAUGUAUAGUGCCUUGUUUUUAUGUACAGUUUAUAUACAGUAAAGUUUGUGCUGUGUUUUUUGAUGAUGGUUUGGAAUAUUCUCUACAGCUUUACUCUCAAAUAGUAGAAAUAAAGACAUCUCAAUUUCUAAUACCCAUUGUAAACAUCACACCUGUCACUUUUGUGACAUAGAACCUCAAAAUAAAAGCUUUAGAAUAAUCACAACAAUUAAUUGACUGGUUUGC